AUAUGUAUCAAAAUAUAUAUUUUAGUUCUGUCUACUUUGUGUGUGUCAAUAAAGUUGUACAAACAAACUCGCUACGUCACUGUCAUGGCCGCCGCGGACAGCUGCAGCUGGUUCCCGGCGUUGGCGCUGGGAGUUUCUUUGCUGAAAUGCCUCUUUAUCAACGCGUAUCAUUCCACAGACUUCGAGGUGCACAGGAACUGGUUGGCCAUCACACACAGUCUGCCGGUGUCCCGGUGGUACCAUGAGAACUCGUCGGCGUGGACUCUGGACUACCCGCCGCUGUUCGCCUGGCUGCAGUGCGGCCUGGCGGCGGCGGCGCGGCACGCCGACAGCAACAUGCUGCGGCUGGAGAACCUGAACUACGUCAGCCGGCAGGCGGUGCUGUUCCAGAGGCUGUCGGUGGUCUGCACCGACCUGCUGUUCAUCUACGCAGCCAGAGAGUGCUGCCGGUGCGUUCAGGAGCCAAAAGGCCCACGGGACCUUUUGAGCCGCCCGCCCUUCGUCCUGGCGGUUCUGCUGCUGUGGAACUUCGGCCUCCUCAUCGUCGACCACAUUCAUUUCCAGUAUAACGGCUUCCUGUUCGGCUUCCUGCUUCUCUCGAUAGCGAAACACCUGCAGCACCGCCACCUGCAGGGGGCGCUGCUGUUCUCCGUGCUGCUCAACCUGAAGCACAUCUACCUGUACGUGGCUCCGGCCUACGGAGUCUACCUGCUGAGGAGCUACUGCUUCACCCAGGACCACAGCGAUGGCUCCAUCAGGUGGAGGAGCUUCAGUCCGCUCCGUCUUCUCGCUCUCGGCAGCAUCGUGGCGUCCGUCUGCGCUCUGUCCUUUGGCCCCUUCAUCGCCAUGGGUCAGCUCCCCCAGGUGCUGACGCGUCUCUUCCCCUUUAAGAGGGGCCUCUGCCACGCCUACUGGGCGCCCAACGUCUGGGCCCUCUACAACGUGCUGGACAAGAGCCUGGCGCUGCUCGGUGUUCGUCUGAAGCUGCUCGAGGAGGCGGAGCUUCCUCCAGCCUCCAUGACGGGCGGUUUGGUUCAGGAGUUUCAGCACUCGGUCCUCCCCUCCGUCAGCCCCUCCGUCACCCUGCUCUGCAGCCUGCUGUCCAUCCUGCCGGCGCUGGCUUCCAUCUGGCGGCGUCCUCGCGGUGGGCGGGGCUUCCUGCGCUGCCUGCUGCUCUGCGCUCUGGGCUCCUUCUUGUUCGGCUGGCACGUGCACGAGAAGGCCAUCCUCCUCGCCAUCUUGCCUCUCAGCUUCCUGGCGGUUGAGAGCAGAGAGGAUGCUGGGAUAUUUCUGAUUCUAACCACCACAGGUCAUUACUCGCUGUUCCCGCUGCUCUUCACCCCUGCAGAGCUGCCCAUCAAAGUGUUUCUGAUGCUGAUGUUUACGAUCUACUCUUUCACGGCUCUGAGUAAACUUCACAGCGGCGGCGUGCUCCGGCCUCUGGAGUCCGUCUACCUGCUGGGUCUCGGCGUGGUGGCGGUGGCGUGCGAGGCGGCCUUCCCGCUGUCACCGUGGACCAACAAGCUGCCCUUCCUGCCCCUGCUGGCCACCUCGGUGUACUGCUCCGUGGGCGUCUGUUACUCCUUCCUGCGCCUGUACGCCAGUCUGCUGAGGCGGGAGGAGAAGCACAAACAGCUGUGAGAGGUCUCAGGUUAGAUUCCCUACCCACCCAAAGAAAAAUAACAAACACACCUACGUCCUGCACAUGUGCCCCUGAGCAAGGCACCGGAGGAAGUGAUCUGCAUUCCUCUUGUUCUUCUUCCUGUUCUUCUUGAUUAUGGAUUAUGGACCAAACAUCGGCCACGUGACGACAAUUUACGCACACAUCAGUUUUUGGAUGUCAGACUUUACAUGUUGAUGUUUAUGAGUUGAUGACAUCGGUUCUGAACCCCGACUAACAAAACAUGGACCCUCAACUGAUCCAUAAACCCACGAGGUUCUGAGUGUGUGGCAGAACGAAUGAUGGAGGUGAAUAAACCAAAUAAAUAAAAACAAUGUG